GGGGGGGGUUAGGAAGUGGAAAUGAAAAAUGGGAAAAGUGAACAAAAAAAAAAGAGAGUGAUGAUGAAAAGACAAAAAAUGUCCAUGGUUUAGAGGGUUGAGGAGGAGGAGGAGGAGGAGGAGGAGAAGAGAGUGAAUUUAAUGGAAGGCUCCAAACAUAACGGAAAAACGAGCGGUAAAGUUAAAGCUAGUUGUGGGUAUGAAGAGCGGUGAAGGGCGGAGUGGUUGGUUUGGGCGGGUGUGUUGUUUGGGACGCGCCAAAUUUCUAACGAUCCCUAUUCUCCAGCUACACCAUGACCGUUUUUCUCGCUCACCCGGUCGUCUUAACGUAGCCUAUUUCUGUGCUUUACAAUCAUCUCUUUCUUUCUCUCUCUCUCUACCUCUGGUUUCUCCUUUCGGCUGCUUAUGUCCUUCCUUUAAGACCUUUAGAUCAUGCCCCCUCCGCUUGUCGUUUGAUUUGCUUAUUUGAGUAAGUUCCCUUUUUGCUUUUUAACACCAAAACACCCUUUGGAUUUUUCAGGGGAAAACGGAUAAUAAACAUGUCUUUUCUUCUCUUCAACUUGCUCGGUAUUCUCUUUUUGUGUUCCUGCCCCUCUCUUUUUAAACCUUUUUCUCUUCUUUUUCAUUCUCCCUCAACCCAAUUCUUUUUACUUUCUUUCAACUCGUUUUUCCACUUGCCCUGUCAUGCAAAUUAUUGUAAACUCUUCGUCUGAUUGGAUUAACUAGUUUAUUAUUUUCACCUGGUGUGAUGAUCGGAGAUCCGAGAUAUUUUCUUUGUUGUUAUCAAGGGGGUGGGAUCAAGAGCUAAGCUGUUCCCAUUUGGCUAUAUGUGUGCAGGAUGGGAAGGGUUAAGUUGAAGAUAAAGAGGUUAGAGAAUAUCAAUGGCCGUCAAGCGACCUAUGCCGAAAGGAAGCAUGGCAUCAUGAAAAAGGCUAAUGAAUUAUCAAUACUCUGUGAUAUAGAUAUUGUUCUCCUUAUGUUUUCCCCCACAUCGGGUAAACCUUCGUUAUGCACCGGAAGACGCAGUAGCAUCGAAGAGGUUAUUGCAAAAUUUGCUCAGCUAACUCCUCAGGAAAGAGCAAAGAGGAAGUUGGAGAGCCUUGAAGCCUUGAAGAAGACUUUUAAGAAGUUGGACCAUGAUGUAAAUAUACAGGAAUUUAUGGGUACAAGUAACCAAACAAUAGAGGACCUGACUAACCAAGCAAGGUUGUUGCAAACUCAACUUUCUGAGAUACAUAGGAGACUGAGCUACUGGACUAACCCUGAAAAGAUCAGUAAUGUCGAACAUUUGGAGCAAAUGGAAAAUUCACUCAGAGAAUCUCUUAACCAAAUUCGUGCCCAUAGGGAAAAUUUAGGUAAACAGCAGCUGAUAUCCUUAGAGUGCACCAGUCAGAUCCAACCCAGCAUGCAUAUGCCUUUCGGAAUGGGUGCUGAACAACAGCUUCAACCUCUAUCAUGGAUCCCUAAUAAUGAAAACAGAAGUAUUGCUUUACCAGAGGAGCCAAAUUUGCUUCCCCAUAGGGAUGUGGAAUGCUCUGCAAGUUCCUCCUUCGGUAGUUAUUCUGGUUACUUUGGCACUGGUAAAAGUUCAGACAUUUCUAAUUCAGGGCAAGAAAGUUGCAUCCUAAACGAUCUAACUGGCACCGCACAACUGAGGCUGCAAAUGAAUGGGCACUAUCCCUACCUUCCUUACAAUCUUAAUUUGCUAAAUGAUACAAAGUUUCAACCACUGGCAGAUAUAAACUUACAGGAAACCCAUGUGGAUUAUCAUGUUAAUGGAAUCUUGGAUGCUCCUAGGCCAGGGUAUGACACCACCCAAGCUAGCUGGGCUUCCACAUCUGGGCCUUGUGCUGUUACUGUGUUUGAUGACCCUUUAUUUGGCCGACAACCAAACUGAGGUUCAAGAGCAAUGUCACUGUUAAUCCAAUCUACCGAUAAGGUUGCUGGAGAACUCCUAUACAUGUCGAAUCUUCUCAAGAAUGACAAGUGAGCCUGCUGAGUUUUUGAUGGUUUUCUUUUGCAAUUGCAAAUUUGGGAAUUGGCUUAUUUAUGAGACAUGUAUAGGAUCAUAAUUGCAGCAACAUAGGAGUAUAUAAUGCCCAGACAGUGAUGACUUGCCAAAACAUAUGGUGCUGACUCUGCGGAAUGAGGCACCAUAUUUGAAAUAUCAAAAGAAAUUUUUUUUCUUUUUUCUGUAUACAAAUUACACCUAAAUAAUAGGAUUAUGUGAGGUCAAUUUUUUGCUUCCUCCUUUUGAUGAUAAAAAAUGUGUAGGUCCUUGUGGUGGCCGGGAUACUCCUUCCCCUCCUACAUCUUAUUAGUUACCCAAAGCUGUAAAUAAAAUACAUAUAUAGCUAUGGCUUGAACAACAAUUCCUCA